UUAGCAAUGGAACGUCCGUUAUUGGCAAGUCCGAAGAGCGGGGCUGGGAUUCCAGCCGUUUGUGGAUUAUUUGGCUUUCGUUUUCAGCAGGUGGGCUUUGGAAGGAGAUCUCGUAUGCAGCAGGGGUGUCAAAUUCCGGAUUCGGAAUCGAUGGCUUCUGGAGCGUAGGGCUUGAGGGUCUCCAGAGAAGAGCGGCUCUUUGGAAUCGGCAGCUUCAGGUUCGAUGAUCUUCAUCGGCGUCCAGUGCAGGUGAGGCUCAUCGGUUGGAGGAUAAGUCUUCCGAAUUGCAUGGAAAAUUUUGUUAGUCAGUACAAGAAGAUGACGAUUGGGAUAGAGAAAGAAGAAUUGGAUCUCGAUGAAGUUGAUAUUAAGGAAUCUCCGGUAAAGGAGACCAAUCGAGGGUUUCCUGUUGAAGCUCUCUUUUACCAUACUACAGCAGCUCGCCCUCCUCCGGAACCACCUCCGUGCAAGGAAGCAAUUUGGGGAAGGCUUUUGCUUUCAUACUAUUUUUGCUUUCGCGGUGCUUAUUUUUAUUUCAAUUCGAGCAGGUAUGGUCAGAUUAUUUUGAUUUGUGAUGAACUUUUGAUAGGCGGUGCUUCAUUUUCGAUCGUUUUAGGCUUCCUUUUGCCCGUUUUGUGUCUAGCGAGUCAUGUUGCUUUGUAUGGGUG